GUGCAUGGGGAUGGAUGGUCCCAGGCGGACGGCUUACACGUUCCAAGAUCUGGGUUCAUCGAUACCCCUGUUGCUCACUGCCAGGCCCGGCCCCUCCUGCCGGCGUAGAGCAGCUGUUCCCAAGGGCACAGGGUCUCCCCAGCCACCUGCUCUCACCAGGGCCGCAGCCCCCAGGCAGCAGUGCCCAGCCAGCCCCUCUCAUCUCCAAGAAUAAACUCUGAAGCUAGAGGCUGCGUGGACCUGAAUCAUCGGGAAGCCCAUUGAGGAGGGGAGUGGCUUUCCUGGACAGGCCCGGGAACUAUAUAUAAGCCCCAGAGGGCUGGUGCAGCUCCCAUCUUCCAGUGGUUUCUGCCUCUGCCGGACGAGCACCUUUGCAGCAGCUCUCACACAGGACGCACCAUGUCCCAGGCUGGUGCACAGGAGACCCCCAUCAAGAAGAAGCGCCCCCCGGUGAAGGAGGAAGAUCUGAAGGGGGCCCGUGGGAACCUAGCCAAGAACCAGGAGAUCAAGUCCAAGACCUACCAGGUCAUGCGGGAGUGUGAACUAGCCGGCUCCACCGCCCCGUCCGUAUUCAGUGGCAGCCGAACCGGCACCGAGACCGUCUUCGAGAAGCCCAAAGCCGGACCUGCCAAGAGUGUCUUCGGCUAAGACGUGUGCACCAUUCCUCUCACUGCUGCCAACUCCCCACACAGGAGAAUUUUCCCAAAACCUUUUUAUGCCAGAAUGCACCUUCUCACCUGCUGCCUGUGGGAUGGCCACCUGCCCCUCACAGCGCUGACCCCGCGGCCCA